AGUCGCACUUUCUUGAAAUUCAAUACACACACUUCAGUCUAACUUUCCACCACGUGAUAUCACAUGGGUGACAUCCGGUUACCACUUCCCCCAUCUCCUUUCCUCUCCUCCCGAUACACUAGGGUUUUCUUGCUUUCAUCCCGCCCUUUGGACUUCCAGCGCUCUCUUCAACAAGAUUUUACUCUUGCUGGUGAUAUCCUCGUUGCAACACCUUCUUCCAUCUCAUUCAUCCUCUCCUUUCUCCGUUGUGGUCGAACCGAAGUGCAUAUUGAUGUAGUUGACAUGGCUAUGAUGAGUGACAAGAAACACUACACCAAGGCCAGUCCCUUUUUUCUUACAGUGGCAGGGGCAGUUGAGGAGUGCAAGCCUUUUUGUUGCAAAAACUGCAUUCUAUUUUCAUAUUUAUUGGUUUUGCUCGAAAUUGGUUUUCUUGAAUUUGGUUCAUUUUUGCUUUCGCAAGGUUUGAAUUAUCCAUAAUUUCUUGUCUUUUGGGUGAUUUUUAUUCAUUUGUGUCUGGUUUCUUUUCUGUUUUUGUUAGGUCUAUAGAUUUUUAUAUGAAUGCUAUCAAUUUGUGAACUCAAUUUUUUUCUUAUGUGGUUUUGGUGAAUUUAGCUCAUUCACAUUGGUUUUGUGAUAGAAUGACCUGUAUGGCGCAAAAAGUUGGAGGCAUAUAAUGCCACCGUUGCAGCCUACCUAGUUCAUUCUUUUUCUCGUUACAUCCAAUUGUGUGUGCUAUUU